AUGCCUGCAAUUGGAAUUGAUUUGGGUACUACAUACUCGUGUGUUGGAGUUUGGCAACAUGGAAACGUGGAAAUCAUCGCUAACGAUCAGGGCAAUCGAACUACUCCCUCAUAUGUCGCCUUCACGGACACUGAGCGACUCAUCGGCGAUGCAGCGAAGAACCAGGUCGCUCUCAACCCCAACAACACAGUGUUCGAUGCAAAGCGACUGAUCGGCCGUAAAUACGAUGACCCGAAGAUUCAACAGGACAUGCAACACUGGCCCUUCAAGGUCAUCAAUGACUGUGGAAAGCCGAAAAUUCAAGUUGAGUUCAAAGGCGAAGCGAAACGUUUCGCUCCAGAAGAGAUCAGCAGCAUGGUUUUGACCAAAAUGAAGGAGACUGCGGAGGCCUACUUGGGGUCGCAAGUCCGCGAUGCAGUCAUCACUGUGCCCGCCUACUUCAACGACUCCCAACGCCAGGCUACUAAAGACGCCGGUGCGAUUGCUGGCCUCAAUGUUUUACGAAUCAUCAAUGAACCCACUGCCGCCGCAUUGGCCUAUGGUCUCGAUAAAAAUCUCAAAGGGGAACGUAACGUGUUGAUAUUCGAUCUCGGCGGCGGCACAUUCGACGUCUCUAUUUUGACAAUCGACGAGGGCUCUUUAUUCGAAGUAAAAGCAACUGCCGGUGACACGCAUCUUGGAGGAGAGGACUUCGACAAUAGGCUUGUCAAUCACCUGGCGGAAGAGUUUAAGCGCAAAUACAAAAAGGAUAUCCGCGGUAACUCACGAGCGCUCCGUCGCCUACGUACUGCAGCCGAACGAGCUAAGCGCACGUUGUCAUCGAGCACCGAAGCUACCAUAGAGAUCGAUGCACUGUAUGAAGGAAUCGACUUCUAUACUAGGGUGUCGAGGGCGCGGUUCGAAGAAUUAAACGCUGAUCUGUUCCGUGGAACUCUGGAGCCGGUGGAGAAAGCACUGAAAGACGCCAAACUAGACAAAAGCGCGAUCCACGACGUUGUACUCGUCGGAGGUUCCACUCGAAUUCCGAAAAUACAGAGUAUGCUUCAGAACUUCUUCUGCGGCAAGAAACUAAAUCUCUCGAUAAAUCCAGAUGAGGCGGUCGCUUACGGGGCCGCGGUACAAGCUGCUAUAUUGAGUGGCGAACAACAUAGCAAAAUUCAGGACGUCCUACUAGUGGACGUUGCGCCAUUGUCCCUCGGUAUCGAAACAGCUGGAGGCGUGAUGACGAAGAUCAUCGAGAGAAACGCUAAGAUCCCUUGCAAGCAAUCGCAGACUUUCACUACAUACUCGGACAACCAGCCGGCCGUAACCAUCCAGGUGUACGAGGGCGAGCGGGCCAUGACGAAAGACAAUAAUUUACUCGGCCGCUUCGAUCUCACCGGCAUCCCACCUGCUCUCCGUGGAGUUCCCAAAAUCGAUGUCACGUUCGAUCUCGACGCUAACGGUAUCCUGAACGUUUCUGCCAAAGAGAACAGCACGGGCCGCAGCAAAAACAUCGUUAUUAAAAACGACAAAGGAAGAUUGUCCCAGGCGGAGAUCGAUCGCAUGCUAGUGGAGGCGGAGCGGUACAAGGAAGAAGAUAACCGCCAAAGAGAACGAGUGUCUGCGCGAAAUCAACUAGAAUCGUACGUGUUCAGCGUCAAGCAGGCGCUGGACGAGGCCGGCGAGAAGCUGAGCGAGCAAGAUAAAGACGUGGCUCGAAAAGAAUGCGACGACGCUCUCAAGUGGCUCGACAACAACACCUUGGCUGAAAAAGAAGAAUACGAACACAGACUGAAAGAAGUGCAACGCGUUUGCUCGCCCGUAAUGAGCAAGAUGCACGGCGCGGGAGCGACGCGCGAUGGCCCCCAGCAUCGCGGUGCGCAUACUGGCCCCACGGUGGAGGAAGUGGAC